AUGCAUCCUCCUUUAACAUUGCACAAACACCCUAUGUGCGCAGAAAUUAUUGAGGAGUUUCAAAAGUGUCAUGUGGAACACCCUAUUGCAAAGUUCUUUGGCGAAUGUACAGAUUUGAAAAUAAAAUUGGAUCGUUGCUUUAGAGCAGAAAAAGCCGUGAAGAGAAAGGCCAACUUUGAAAAGAGCAAAGAGUUCAAGGAACAGUUGCGAGUUUUCAGGAAAGAAAAUGCUGCAAGCAGCAGUCAAUAG